AUGGAUGGAUCGAAGUUGAACUUGACUUCUCUUAGAGAGAAGAUAAGUAGUAAACUUGGGAAGAAAGAAGAUAAAAAGAAAGAUUCUAGAAAGGGAAGCUCAAAGAGGAAGGAGCAGCAUCAGCAGACAAAAGCUAAGCCAGAUCAAAAGACCAAUUCCAUAGUAGAAAAGAAGAAAGAAGCUGAUGAAAGUGAAGAAGAUGUCUUGCGUCGUGAAGCAUUGUCUCUCGGUGCCACUGAGGAGGACUUGGCAUUACUUGCUGGAGUUGAAGAUGGCGAAGACAGCGAACAAGAAUUUGAUGAGGUUGACGGGAAAUUAGAUUCUAAGUUUUCUGAAGAUUUAACCAACUUCAUGAAGGGAAUUGGUUUAGGAAAUGGUGAGGCAGUUGUUGUAGAUGAUGACGAAGUUCCAGAAUUGGUUGACGAAGAUGAAGAUGAAGAUGAGGAAGAUGAAGAAGAAGAAGAUGAAGAAGAAUCCAUAGGCGAUGAAGAGAACAGAAAAGUGCAAGACAACCAAGAGGAAGAAGCCGAACAAGCCAAGGAUGAAGAUGAAAAAGAAGGUAGCUCUUCAGAAUCAGAAUCAGAAUCAGAAUCAGAAUCAGAGCCAGAGCCAGAAAAAGCGGCCCCAAAGCCUACCCCAAAGCCAGCUCAAACCCAGAAAGCGAAAGACUCAGACAGAGUUGACAACCUUUCAUCUGUGGAUAGCUCAAAACUAUUGAUCCCAAACAGAACAGAUUGGUACAACUUCCCAUAUGACAAGUCAUAUGAAGCUGAGAAAUGUGAUAGAUUUAUGCUCGAAAGAUUAACUGAGAGAGCUCAAAAGACUCUCGACAAUGAAAAUGCCACAUACUUACAAGAGUUCACUUCAAACAAUUCGCAAAAGAAGUUUUUAUCACAAAUUUUAUCUGAUGGUACAUUAAACGAUAAAAUUUCUGCAUUGACGUUGUUGAUUCAGGAAUCUCCUUUGCAUAACUUGAAAGCAUUUGAUACGCUCUUGGGCUACUGUGAAAAGAAAUCUCGUACAGCAGCUUUACAGUCCAUCAACGCAAUGAAGGAUUUGUUGUUGAAUGGUGUAUUGCCAGAUAGAAAAUUGGUAUCAUUCAAAAAUCAACCAUUAAAUAAAAAUUUACCAUCUGAAGUCUUGGCUAUUUUCCUUUUCGAAGACCACUUGAAACAGGCCUACUUCAAAUUAAUAAGUGUAUUAGAAGUUUUGUCCCAUGAUCCUAUUGUUCACGUUAGAAUGAACACGGUGAAUCACACUUUUGAUUUACUCAAAUCCAAGCCAGAACAAGAAUUUAACUUAUUGAGAUUAGGGGUAAACAAAUUAGGAGAUAUUGACAAUAAGGUUUCAGCAAAGGCAUCGUACCAAAUAUUACAAUUGGAACAAGCACAUCCUGCUAUGAAGAGUAUAAUCACUCAGGGUGUAAUUGAUAUGAUUUUCAAAGCCAACAGUGACUAUCAUGCUAAAUAUUAUUCGAUUUUAACUUUGAAUCAAACAAUUUUAACUAGAAAUGAAAAUGAAUUGGCCAAUUCUUUAGUUAAGACAUAUUUUACUCUUUUCGAAAAAAUCUUGGUUGAAGGAGAUUCAUUCUCUAAAGAUGGUAAGGUAGAUCUUGUUGGUAAACCUUCUGAAACUGGAAGAAAAUCUUCGGGAAGAAAGAAUUAUAAAAAGGGUAAAAAGGGUGGAAGAUCAGUCAAACAAGUAGCCAAGUCUGACAAUGAAAUUAUUGAAGAAAAGAAUACCAGAUUAUUUCUGGCUUUAUUGACCGGUUUGAACAGAGCAUUCCCAUUUUCCAAUUUAUCCCCAGAUACUUUCGAAAAGCAUUUGGAUACCUUAUUUAAGAUUACUCAUUCAACUAACUUCAACACUUCAGUUCAAGCAUUGGUUUUAAUUAACCAUAUUAUCACCCAACAACAAUUGGAUUCAAAUAGAUAUUACCGUACAUUAUACGAGUCACUUUUAGAUCCAAGGUUAGUGACAUCUUCAAAACAAGGUAUAUAUUUGAAUUUGUUGUUCAAAUCUUUGAAAAACGACACUGCUAAUAUACCAAGGGUGCUAGCAUUUGUUAAAAGAAUCUUACAAAUAUGUUGUCACUGGUUGAACGUUGGUGCAAUCACUGGUAUGUUAUUCUUGUUAAUGGAAUUGAGCAAGAACUUCCCACAAAUACUUGACUUGACUGUCGAAGAAGCAUCAAGACCAGAAGAAGAAGCUGAGGAAGUCAAAGCUAUACCUGAGGACGAGAAGAAGGUGGUAGAUGCGACUUACGACAGUAAGAAGAGAGAUCCUAAGUAUGCGAAUGCCGAUAAAUCAUCUUUAUGGGAAAUCAAUCAAUUCUUGAAUCAUUACCACCCAACUAUAGCAAUUUACGCUGACUCAUUAUUAACCGGACAAUCCCAACCAAAACCUGACUUAGGGUUGUACACAUUGUCACAUUUCUUGGAUAGAUUUGUAUACAAGAAUGCAAAGCAAAAGGCAACUACGAAGGGUACCUCUAUUAUGCAACCUUUGGGAGGAAAUCAUACUGGUUCAUUGCUUGUAAGGGCUACAAAUGUUGCUAAUAAUGAAUUGCCAGCUAACACUGAAGAUUGGCUUAACAGGAAGGCUUCAGAUAUUAAGCCAGAUGAAAAGUUCUUCCAUCAAUACUUCACUUCAAAGAAGAACAAGUUAAUUGCCAAGAAAGAUGAACAAGCUGAUGGUGAAGAAAUCGAUGAAGAAGAAGCUGCAGAGAUUGAAGAUGGAGAAAUCUGGAAGGCAUUGGUGAAGUCAAGGCCCGAAGUUGAAGAUGGUUCUGAUAUCGAUGAAGGGUUUUCUGACCUUGAUGAAGGUGACUUUUCGGAUUUAAGUGAUGAUGAUGACAAUGAGGGUGGAGAAGCCGCAGAAGAAUUUGAAGAAGAAUUGGUUGAUAAUUUUGAAGAGGAAGAAGAACAAGAAGAAGAAGACGAUGACGACGGAAAGGAAUCUGCAGGUGUAAGAGCAUUAAUUGACGAUGAAGCAGAAGAUGACGACGACAUUGAAAGUCUUGACGAUGAACAAGGUGAUGAAGAUAAUCAAAAUGUCUCAGAUUCAGAUGAUGAAAUAUUCGGUAUGAAUUCUGAUGAGUAUGAUAGCGAUGACAUACCUGAAGUUGAAGAUGCUCCUAAAAAGAAGCGUUCUAGAAAGGAAACCAAAGAAGAAGAUGCAGUUCCAACAAAGAAAUCUAAAAAGUCUAAACUCAAGAGUUUGCCUGUUUUUGCAGAUGCCGACGAGUAUUCCAAAUAUUUACAAUCCGAUGAUGAAGAUUACAGUUAA